CCCUCCUCCUGCCUGCCACAUUUCAGCACGAACGCUCUCAAUGCUUUUCGUUUAGGUCUCGGAGCGCGCAUUUGGGUCUGGUUUGGCCGUUUUGUGAAUUGGUUGGGCGCUCGACAGAGAGCUCCGCCAGUGGUUUGCUGGCCGUAUAAAAGGACGAGGAAUCUCCUUUCUUCUUCAAAGAAAAGGAAAGAGGAGCCCUCCCCCUCUCCCCAAAAAAAAAAGGAAAAAUAAAAAGAUAAAGAUAAAAAAGAAAGAAAACAGCAGAAGGAAGGAGGAGGAGGAGAAGAAAAAGGAGAAAAUCGGUACGGAUCUCGGUCUUCGUCGUCGGUCUCCCUCCUGCUGCUGGUUUUGUCGGAGAAGAGAAGAGGGGAAGGGAUCUCAGCGUCAGCGAGCUGAUAGAGCAAGGACGACGAAAAGAUGCUGCCGCAGAAGCAAGCGGAGGAGGCCAUCGUUGCCAGCUUCAACGAGACGGAGCAGGGCGGUCACGGCAAGGAGGAAGAGGAGGAGGAGAGGGCGGAGGAGCCGCAGCCUAUGUUCAGCAUGAAGAGCCUCCUCUGGCACGGUGGUUCCGUCUGGGACGCCUGGUUCAGCUGCGCCUCCAAUCAGGUGGCCCAAGUUCUGCUGACGCUGCCGUACUCGUUCUCGCAGCUGGGGAUGCUGUCAGGCGUGCUGCUCCAGCUGUUCUACGGUUUCAUGGGCAGCUGGACAGCCUACCUUAUCAGCGUCCUCUACGUCGAGUACCGAACCCGCAAGGAGAAGGAGAACGUCAGCUUCAAGAAUCACGUCAUCCAGUGGUUCGAGGUGCUGGAUGGGCUGCUGGGGCCUUACUGGAAAGCCAUUGGUCUGGCCUUCAACUGUACCUUCCUUCUUUUCGGCUCCGUUAUCCAGCUGAUUGCUUGUGCCAGUAACAUAUACUACAUCAACGAUCGGCUGGACAAGAGGACGUGGACAUACAUAUUCGGCGCCUGCUGCGCGACCACGGUGUUCAUCCCUUCGUUCCACAACUACCGGAUAUGGUCCUUCCUGGGUCUGGCCAUGACCACCUACACCGCCUGGUAUCUCACCAUCGCCGCUCUCAUCAACGGCCAGGUUGAAGGCGUGACACAUUCGGCUCCCACAAAGCUGGUCCUCUACUUCACCGGCGCCACCAACAUACUCUACACUUUCGGCGGCCACGCCGUCACCGUGGAGAUCAUGCACGCGAUGUGGAAGCCCCAGAAGUUCAAGUACAUAUACCUGCUGGCGACGCUGUACGUGUUCACGCUGACGCUACCAUCGGCAGCGGCCAUGUACUGGGCAUUCGGGGACCAGCUGCUGACUCACUCCAACGCCUUCUCGCUUCUGCCCAAGUCGGGGUUGAGGGACGCGGCGGUGAUCCUGAUGCUGAUCCACCAGUUCAUCACUUUCGGAUUUGCUUGCACGCCCCUCUACUUCGUGUGGGAGAAGGUGAUCGGCAUGCAUGACACCAAGAGCAUCUGCCUGCGCGCGCUGGCCCGUCUCCCCGUGGUUAUCCCCAUCUGGUUCCUCGCCAUCAUCUUCCCCUUCUUCGGGCCCAUCAACUCCGCCGUCGGGGCCCUCCUCGUUAGCUUCACCGUCUACAUCAUCCCCUCCCUCGCCCACAUGCUCACCUACCGCAAGGCCUCCGCCAGGCAGAAUGCCGCGGAGAAGCCACCCUUCUUCCUACCCAGCUGGACCGCCAUGUACGUGGUGAACGCCUUCGUGGUGGUGUGGGUGCUGGUGGUGGGGUUUGGACUCGGCGGGUGGGCCAGCAUGGAUAAUUUCGUCAAGCAGGUGGACACCUUCGGCCUCUUCGCCAAAUGCUACCAGUGCCCCAAGCCCCCUGUCGCUGCGCCCGUACCACAGCAGCCAGAGAAGCAGCACUGAGCGCCCAUGCGUCCAAACAACACCCAGAUAAACAAGCCUUCCCUUCAUCUUCCUUACCUUUACCAAAAGUUCUCUGAUUACUCUUUUUGGGUUUUUCUCACCUGUAAUAUACAAAAAAGGGGAAGCGACAGAAGUGUGGGCUCUACUGCUUCUGGGUGAUCGUUUCUUCAGUUCUUCUUUGCAUGGUUUGUUUUCUUUUUUCUUUUUUUUGUUCCUUUAGUUUGAUAAUAUAACUUUAAGUUGGAUGGUAUCGUGAUGAUUCCUGUUGCAGUCAAAGCAUGGGUAUAUCAAUAUUAUUUUGGAUCUA